AUGGUGGUAGGGCCGUCCAUGCUUGGAGGAAGCCGUCACUUCAAUUACUACGUGUUCCCACCAGUUUCAAGUUACAUAUUUGCAAACGUGGGGCUGAUGGGAUUCUUUUACUUCUUUUUUAUCACUGCGGCCAAAACCGACGUGGCAGCCAUUGCAAAGUCUCCAAAAAAGCACAAGUACAUUGCUGCCAUCAGCGUUAUCGUCCCAAUGGUCUGCAUGACUGCCACGGGGAUGACCAUGCGUGACCAAAUGGAUACAAACAUGGGGAAGCCUUCUUCCGUUGGAGGGAUAGCGUUUGCCUUGGCUUUCAGUUCUUUCCCUGUCAUCUACACCAUCUUAAGAGACAUGAACCUUCUCAACUCCGAGGUAGGCAAGUUCGCCAUGUCGGUGGCUCUUCUUGGAGAUAUGGCAGCCAUCUUGGCUCUUGUUUUUUUCGAAGCUAUCAUUCAAGCUAAGGGAGGUGGAGUCAAGGCUGUUGUCUUCUACAUUGUAUCAGUUGUUAUCUUCAGUUGUUUUAUGGUUUUAGUUGUGAAACGUGGCCUUGAGUGGGUGGUCGACCAAACACCGCAGGGAAAACUCGUCGACCAGAACUACAUUGUCAUGAUUCUCAUGGGUGUUCUUGUUGCUUGUUUCCUAACGGACAUGCUUGGUUUAUUGAUAGGGUCCGGACCUGUUUGGUUAGGGUUGAUACUCCCACAUGGUCCACCCAUGGGGUCCACGUUGGCUAUUCGGAGCGAGACUUUUAUACAUGAAUUUCUAAUGGCUUUCUCAUUUGGUUUGGUUGGACUCCACACAGAUGUUCACUUCCUUACCGCUGAUACUUGGGACCACCAACUCGCUCCUCUCGUCUACAUGACCACUGUUGGCUUCAUUACCAAGUUUAUCUCUGUCGCUGCCGCUGCUGUUUUCUUUAAAGUCCCUACUAGAGACAGUCUCACGCUUGGCCUCAUAAUGAACUUCAGAGGCCAACUUGAUAUCAUGCUCUACUUGCUUUGUUACAGGAAACAUGUUAUCGGUCUUCCUGGUUUUACUCUCUUGGUUUUGCAUACUAUUGUGAUAACGGCUGUAUCAUCACCAAUCAUCAGCUUACUCUAUGAUCCUAAUCGUCCUUACAGAAUCAGCAAGCACCGGACCAUCCAGCAUACUCCACCAUCAACUGAGAUGGGACUAGUUCUUGCCGUCUCCGACCAUGAAGCUUUGUCUGGCUUGAUCACCUUCCUUGACUUUGCCUAUCCAACUACAAGUAGCCCAUUUUCUGUAUACGCUGUCCAGCUGGUGGAGCUCAUGGGGCGAGCUUCACCAGUUUUUAUCGACCACAAGCUACAACAAAAAGAGGAGGAAGAAGAAGGGCGAGUGGACGAGGUGCAAAGCGCCUUUAAGCUGUACCAGGAGAAGAGAGAUGAGUGUGUGAAGUUGCGUGCCUACACUGCUCAUGCACCAAAACGUCUAAUGUACCAAGAUAUUUGCGAGCUGGCCUUGGCCAAGAAAACUGCUUUCAUUCUAUUACCUUAUCAACAAGAUUGUCUUGAAGACAAUACACUUACCGAGCUACGUGACUCCGGCAUGUUAUCGGUGAACGCUGAUGUCUUGGCAUACACACCAUGUUCUGUAUGUAUCUAUUAUGGCAAAGGACGGCUUAGAAACGCCAGGGUAAGGUACUCGGUAGACCAGCAACAUUCGAUUCAACCGGGCCAACGUGUGAGGCAAGAAACAUACCGUUUUGUGGUUCUUUUCUUAGGAGGAGCUGAUAACAGAGAGGCCCUGCAUCUGGCAGACAGGAUGACAGCAAACCCGGACAUAAGUUUGACGAUAGUUAGGUUCUUGUCGUUCAACCACGAAGGAGAGGACGAGAGGGAGAAGAAGCUAGACGAUGGGGUGGUGACGUGGUUUUGGGUUAAAAACGAAGGUAAAGAGAGGGUUAGCUAUAAGGAGGUUGAGGUGAAGAAUGGUGCGGAAACACUAGCUGCUAUCCAAGCAAUGAAUGUCAAUGACUAUGAUCUGUGGAUAACAGGGAGGAGAGAAGGGAUCAACACAAAGCUUCUAGAAGGGCUUGACGCCUGGAGCGAAGAUCACCAGCUUGGAGUCAUUGGAGAAACUGUGGCUGGGAGUAUAUUUGCAUCAGAAGGCUCGGUGUUGGUGGUGCAGCAACAAGUGAGGAAUCAAAAGGGUGGUGAUGGUUUCUUGAACGGCAAGUUCGAUUAUAAGAAAUUAGUGUCUUCUUGGUCAUGUCAAUGA